GAGAGCGGUGGAGGAUUGCGGACAUUCUUCUCCAUCGAGGCCCAUGUUUCCGAUACAAAUGUCGGAUCAUAUCCCGCUCAAAGGGGUGAAUGGUCUAUCGACAUCUGUCGGAAUAUAUAACAUAGGCAAG